AUGUCUGACUUGUCAAGGACUGUCCCUCAGGAGCUGCUCCCGUCGGAUGACCUGCAUCCGCAGCCAAUGCCGGUGAUCAACCUCGGCCACCUCAGCCUUGAUUCCGCAACCCGAUGCCGUGUGGUUGAUGAUAUUGCCAAAGCAUGCCGUGAUCUAGGGUACUUCCAGGUUAUAAACCAUGGGAUCAGUCAAUCUGUCAUGGAUUGUGCUCUUGAAGCAGCUUCAGAUUUCUUCAAACUACCAAGUGAGACAAAGGAAAAGUUUGCAUCGGAGGACCUCCGACGACCUGUUAGAUAUGAUACAAGCUCAAAAGAUAGCAUUAGCAUGUCCCGGGCAUUCCUAAAGCAUUAUGCCCAUCCACUCAGCGAAUGGAUUCAAUAUUGGCCACAGCAACCACCAAUCUACAGGAAAUACAUGGGAAAGUAUGCUUCUGAAGUAAGGAUGGUGGCUUUGCAACUGAUGGAAGCAAUAGUAGAAGGCCUAGGAUUGGGCCAGGAAUACCUGAACGAGAAAUUUCAUGAAGGCUCCCAACUAUUGUCAGUGAACUGCUACCCUAAAGCAUCACAAAGUGCCACGACUAUAGGACUGGCUCCACAUUCUGAUUAUGGAUUUCUUACCAUCUUGCUCACAAGUUGUGGGGGGCUUGAAGUUGUUGACCCCAGCAGCAAAAUCUGGAAAAGGGUUCAGCAACUUCCACACGCUUUGCAUGUUCACAUUGGUGACCACAUGGAAGUCCUGAGCAAUGGCAGAAUGAAAACAGUUGUGCAUCGCGCCCUUCUGAAUCCUGAAGAAGCAAGGAUUUCUAUAGCUAGCAUUCAUGGUUUUGCACUAAAUGAGAAGGUCACCUGUGCCAAGGAGCUAGUGGAUGAAGAAAAUCCCCCAAAGUACAAAGAGAGCAGCUUCAGUGACUUCCUUGACCAUCUCAAAGCUAAUAUGGACAACAAGCACAGGAACUUUCUCGAAAGCCUUCGAAUGUAAGGAUUGCAGAGCAUA